AUGUCUGCGCAGCAAAGUAUUCUGAAAUUCUUGAAAAGGCCAUCAACAGAGCUUAGUCCGAAAUGCAAAGUGCGGCGAACUGAUUGCGAGUUAGUGACGGAAGGCUCGCAUAACACGGUUACUGAAUUGACAUCCGGGGAUGGUUUUAACCGGCCUCAGAUCAGUCGCAGCGUUGCCGAACUUAGACUUCAUUUGCCGAGUGCCGUUAAAACUUUGACUCGACACAUGGGCCUAGAGUGGUGCUUCCAUUUGGCAAGCGUAAUCAGAGGUGAUUCUUUCACAAAACUGGCAAGUUUCAUCGAACUGGAACGGACGAAGACCACUGUCUACCCCCCUCAAGAGGAAGUUUUUACGUGGAGCAAAUUAACACCGCCCAGUAAGGUACGGGUGGUUAUAUUAGGCCAGGAUCCGUACCAUGGUCCGCAGCAGGCACACGGUUUGGCGUUUUCGGUUAGGCGACCGCAGCGUCCUCCACCAAGUUUGGUUAACAUAUACAAGGAAAUAGCCUCCGACUGCGACGUCUCUGUAUCCGGCAGCUGGCCUCCCAACCAUGGGGACCUCACUCGUUGGGCGGAGCAGGGCGUUCUCCUUUUAAACGCCGUUCUCACUGUCCGCGCUUCUCAACCAAAUUCGCAUAAGGAUCAGGGUUGGGAGAAACUCACUGGCGCUGUCAUUGACUACAUCAAUCUCCACUGCUCGCAUGUUGUGUUCUUAUUGUGGGGAGCAAAUGCACAGUCGCAAGGAGCGGGUAUCGAUAGAAAAAGACACCUAGUUCUGCAUGCCCCUCAUCCUUCCCCGUUUUCGGCAAGCCGCGGUUUCUUCGGCUGCAAACACUUCAGCAAGGCGAACGCCUAUCUUAAGGAGCAUUGUCUAAAGCCAAUUAACUGGGCGGAUCUUUCAUGA